UACUGUAAAAGUCUCGUUUUCAUUCACAAAGACUUUCUCCUUCUAACGUUAUAUAUAUAUAUUUUCACUUUCUCUGAGGAACAUGGGGAAGAUUAAGAUUGGGAUCAAUGGAUUUGGAAGAAUCGGGCGUUUGGUGGCUAGGGUGGCACUAGAGAGAGAUGAUGUUGAACUCGUCGCUGUUAAUGAUCCCUUCAUCACCACUGAUUACAUGACCUACAUGUUUAAGUAUGACACUGUUCACGGCCAAUGGAAGCACCAUGAACUCAAGGUUAAGGACUCUAGGACUCUUCUUUUUGGUGACAGGCCAGUUGCUACUUUUGGUAUCAGGAACCCUGAAGAGAUCCCAUGGGGUGAGGCUGGAGCCGAAUUUGUUGUUGAGUCUACUGGAGUUUUCACUGACAAGGAAAAAGCCGCUGCCCACUUGAAGGCUGGUGCAAAGAAGGUAAUUAUUUCUGCACCGAGUAAGGAUGCUCCCAUGUUCGUUGUGGGUGUCAAUGAGAACGACUACAAGCCAGAACUUGACAUUGUCUCUAAUGCUAGCUGCACCACCAACUGUCUUGCUCCAUUGGCUAAGGUAAUUCAUGACCGAUUUGGUAUUGUUGAAGGUCUUAUGACUACUGUCCACUCCAUUACUGCCACCCAAAAGACUGUAGAUGGACCAUCAAUGAAGGAUUGGAGAGGUGGCAGAGCUGCUUCCUUCAACAUAAUUCCUAGCAGUACUGGAGCUGCUAAGGCUGUUGGUAAAGUUCUGCCUUCAUUGAAUGGGAAGUUGACAGGGAUGGCUUUCCGUGUUCCUACGGUUAAUGUUUCAGUUGUUGACCUCACGGUGAGACUUGAGAAGAAGGCCAGUUAUGAGGAGAUAAAAGCUGCUAUCAAGGAGGAGUCUGAAGGUAAACUAAAAGGAAUUCUUGGUUACACAGAGGAGGAUGUGGUGUCAUCUGACUUUGUGGGUGACAGCAGGUCAAGCAUUUUCGAUGCCAAGGCCGGGAUUGCAUUGAAUGACAAUUUUGUGAAGCUUGUCUCUUGGUAUGACAAUGAAUGGGGUUACAGCUCACGUGUUAUUGAUUUGAUCCGACACAUUGCCUCCGUUCAAUGAGUUGUGUUGGAGUCUAGACGAUCACCAUGUUUUACCCUUUCACUUCCCUUUCCUUUGGCAUAGUUUGCAGCUUAAUUUUUGUAAGGUACACAGAAAUGUUUUGGAAUAAUUGAUAUGAGGAUGGUUAUAUACCAUGUGUCUCUUUUAAAUUUGGUGUCAUUGUAUCACCCCUUUCUUUCUUGACUGGUGUUUUCCCAUAAGAUAUGAUUAUUAACUAUCUUAUU